AUACGCAGUGGCGAUACUUUUGUUGCCUGUGUGAACCCGGCUUAACUGGCUGCUAAUCGGAGAUUGAACAACCUGUCCUAUAGUAGAAAAACAUAUUACUCCACCACAAUUUGUUUAUAAAUUAGACUAACACAUGACGUUGCAGUAUUUACUUAUUUUAUGAAAUUUUCCUCUCGUGUGAAGGAUUAUGUCGCAUUUUAAACGUAGAAGUGCAUUCUUUACUAGGUUUUUUGUUUAGUUUAUUCGUGAACAAGGGUCUUAUGUUCAUGCAAGAAAGUUACACGCUUAUCAUAGCUUAAAUUAAAGCGUCAGUUGCCAUGACAGUGAGCAAGUAGGGUUUUUCCUUAUGUUUUAAACGGAGUGGUGAUGGAGUCAUGCACGUGCACCUGUAGGCAAUCAUACGUAUGGGAAUCCGGCUUUACGUUUUCAGGAAAAUCUCUGGUCAGAGAUGCAUCUCUUUUUCAUCUGCGUUUGCGUCAAACUGUGUUUUGUUGUUAUGUUUGGGAGAAACUGAAAAUUUUUAAAUAUACAAGUUCUUUACUAAACAAUUCGAAAAUGGUGAGAGUAAUAUCGCAAGAAACUUUUAACGAUGUGGUAAAGGAGAAUAUCCAAGAAUUUUCAAUGUCACCGGAGGAAGCUAUUGAAUCUGCUGUACAGGAAUUCGAAGCGCAGGGUGUAGAUUUGAGCAAUGUAGUAAAAGAACUCAUGGAGAAUACACCUGCUGAUAGUUCCAAGAAGUCUUUAUUGCAUACAAUUAGUCGUUUAAAAGGCCUUUUAAAAACAGACACAAAAUUGCCUGAACUUUGCCAAGAACUAUCAGAAUUGAAAGCUGAAUGUGACAAAGAUCUUGCCCACAAAAUUCUGGCUGGGAAAAAUGGAGCCUAUGAUUUAUUAAUAAAAGUUUUGGAGUUGUAUGAAACAAACAGGGAUGUGACUCUUGUAACACUUGAUGCUAUGAUCUCCUUAAUGACUGGGCAACCUGAUCUGUUAGAUGAAAAAGGCACUAACUUGAUAAUCAAAUUUCUGAAAGAGCAUAUUGACCUAGGCACGCAACGCCAGGUUUUACAGUGGACGAAGCAGUGUUGUCUGAAACAUGAAAAUAACAGACAAAAUAUUUUUGAUCAAGAUAUAGUCAAUAUUUUAAAACAGUUUUUGGAAAAUGGUGCAUCUAGUGCUUUGUUGAUAAGAGAUGUAUGUUCUGUCACAAAAGCUCUAGUUGUGGACGAUGACAUCAGGGUGGAAUUUGGGAAGGCUCAUGAGCAUGCUAGAAGCUUUGCAAAUGAAAUUCUAACAAUAAUUGUGGACUUACUGAGAAAAUACCCAGAUGAUAAAGAAACACUUAGCAGUUUGUUUUCAACAUUAAGUGCACUGGUAGUAACAAAUGAUUUCUGUCAGCUAGUGGAGGAAGCUGGGGGACUUAUAUUUAUUAAUGAUGUUAUGGUUAAUUUCCCAGAUAGUGAGAAAAUCAAUCAGCAGUGUUUGUGGUUACUAAAAAAUUUAGCUGGAAAUGAUGAGGUUAAAAUGAAAAUAAUACGUAAUGGAACUGCUCCAUUAAUUAUUGGUGCAAUGGAAAGACAUAGGAAAUCGCCUUAUGUAAUACUUGCAGGAAAUGCAUGCAUUGCUGCUCUGAGCUUAAGAAGUCCACUGCAUAGCAGAGCACUGUGUGAUGCUGGUGCAGCAGAAGCAGUUGUAUAUGGCAUGAAGGCACAUUUGGAUAGAGUUGAUUUGCAGGUGAAAGGUUGUUGGGCAAUUCGGAACAUUGUGGCAAGAGAACGAUCGCUGGCUCCUUUAUUUCUUGAGAUGGGUAUCGAAGAGCAUCUUAAUUCCAUCAUCAAAAAGCAUGAUAAAAGAUGUGACUAUGAUGUAAAAGCUGCCCUGCGUGAUUUGGGUUGUGAAGUUAAACUCAUAGAACAGUGGACAGGAAAGGGAGGUGCUUUAAAUUAAUAAUUUGCAUGCAGACUUCCAAGUUGUGCUUUCUCAUCGUAAAUAACAACAUCUAUUUACAUGAACAUUUUGUAAUUAACUCAUUAUAUUAAUGAAUAUUAAUAUAAAAUCAUUUGAUUUUUGUGCUUGGUAAAGCCAAUAGCUCCAUGGCGAGUUGUCAUAUUGAUAUAUAUUUGCUAACAACCGGUGCAGUCCCUUUGUCUGCUGGUACCUAUUUCUGGAAGCAUCACAUUUGACUCUGCACUGAUGACUAAAAAUUUUGUUUUUUAGCUAUCUAGUUUUGUUAAUUAAUUUUAAUAUAAUACUGUUAACUGUGAUUGACAUUGUUAACAAUAAAUGAAAAGCAACUUUAUAAUGUUUACUUUUUUGUUCACAAUUUCAGAAAUUGUUUUUCUUUUUUGGUGAGGAGUCAGGCAGAUUGUGUUCAAAACAUAUAAAAUUGUAUGCUCCCUCAUAACUAGCUGGAUGGGCUAGUUAACACCUCCGGGGAGGGGAAUAGCAUGCCACAUGCGCUGCACUGUUCAAAUGAACCUUCAAAUUGAUGCUUGGUUUAACCUUCCUACAGUUGUCAUUGACUGAUAUUUAUGCACUUCUUUCUAAGAGUGAUUCAGAUUUUGAUAAUCAAUAAAUACUUAAAAAUGUGAGCUUUAGAAGGAAAGGUAAAUUUUACACUAUUGGGCAACUAAAACAUUUACAGUAUGAGGAGUAGAAGAGGAACAGUAUGUGACAGCUAUCAAAAUAACAAAGUUGAUGUAGUCAAAGAGAUAAAUAUGAGGACUGUGAAGCAGGUUCUGAGGGAGAGAACAAGUAAGGAAAGAAACAAGGUAGGCAGGAAGUAAUUCAGAAGUAAUAGGACUAAGAUGCAGUAUACAACAUCUAGAAUAGUACUAGCUUUUGGUCGCUCAGAGAUCAAAGAUAUGAGUGAACUGGUAAACAUGUAGCUGACUACAUAUGUAUAUGAAGUAUAAGUUAAAUUAGAAUUGAAAAGAAUGUGAAGAAGAUAGGUUUGGGGUGCAGUGGUGGAGGGGGCAGGGGAGGCAGUGUUUACAAAGGAAUGUUCUGCUUACACAAGGUUGGAUCACCAACUAAUAAUUCUUCCACAUUAGUUUAGCAAGACACUGUUAGUAUGGUUUAAACCAUGCAAUAAAAAUGUAGUGUAACUGUGCUGCAACUGGAUUAUGAUGGCAUGUUCUUCAUAACCAUGAUGAUAAAUGAAUGAAUGUUUCCAGAACAUAGCAGUUAAUAAUUGAUUUGCUACUGCAUGAAAUAUGGAGCUGAAGGGCAUGCUGGCUUGUUUCGAGGAAUUAAAUGUUAUUCCAAAAAUAGAGAGAUAAAAUUAAAAUACUAAGUUAUUAGAAAAUGAAGCAGGUACUAGUGAGAAUAGAGACAGAUAAUGCCAUUUCCAAAUGAAAAAAGAUGAAAAAAUACCUUGUUUAAGGAAGUGGAGAAAGGCACAAAUUAAGUCCAAAUUGAUGGUGACAGCUUGUAUUUGUUGAAGAGACUAGGAAAUAUGAAGCAUUGCUGUUUGUGGAGGGGGUUCAUAUGAACUGAAUUCGCUUCACCUACAGAAAUCCAUACUGCCUUGCUCAGCAACAGGAUAUUUAAUGUUGUCAGUGUUAACAUUGUGUCUGUGGACAUUCGUCCUAACUAACAAUAGUAUUACUAGCAUAAAAUGCUAUGCAACAUUUACAUCUCACAUUUGAACAAUGUCACAGGUCACCUUUCCGUUGAGUCUAGUGUGUGGAGUAGGAGUUCUUUAUUUUAGGACACAAUUUUUUUGUUUCUUAUGUUGAAAAACCUUUCUUGUAAAAAGUGAAAAUUCUGCUGUGGUGACUCAUCAUAAUCAGCGGGUGGUUAAGUCCUAACGUUGUAUAUCACUACAAAGUUUGCCUUGAGAAUUGCAUGUGAGAGCUCUGUUUGACAACAAGUUGCUUUUUUUGGGUGUAGGGACUUGCAUCAUCAGUGUAGUUCCCAGAAAUGGAAAGCUUAUCAGGGGACAGGAAUAAUACAAUAGACUAUGUGUAAAAUAAUUUAAAACACUACAAGAUUGAUUCUCAUUAGCACACAUACUGUAAAGUAAUGGGAACAGAUGAUUAGUGAAAGAUGUUAUUGGGCUGCUGAGGGAAAUGACUGAUCAUUUGUGCCACUGGCUAUUAACACAGCAAUAUGUUUUGACUCAAACAUGAAUGUGAACACAUAGUAAAAUGUUAUUUAAUGACAAAAUAAUAUAUAAUGUAGAGCAUAAAAGCAAAGCUGUCUGGGAUGCUAUAAAAAUGGAAACGGGAAGAGGCAAACAAAUGCAGAAUGACAUACUGCUAAGGGAGGGGGAUAAAGUAAUAAAUGACCCACAGCACUUAAAAACUAUGUAAACAAGCAUUUUUCAAGUAUUGCAGAGAAGUUACAACAAAAAUUCCCUGAAACAAAUACAACACCUGUAAAUAAUGUUGCACUAAACACAAUGAUGUUACUUCCAACUACAGAGAAUGAAGUCAGUAAAACAAUUCAAAAACUAAAAUGUAAAAAGUCAGUAGGCUUUCACAUCAGGGACAUUUCCAGAGCAGUUAAAACAAGUAGGAGUUGUACCUUUGCUUAAGAAAGGUAAUGCAGAAGACAUAGAAAAUUACUGGCCCAUUUCCCUGCUGUCAGCAUUCUCAAAAAUAAUAGAAGCAAUUAUGAAAGACAGAUUAACGAAUUACCUGAAUAAAUACAAUCUUUUAAGCAAAUCACAUUAUGGUAACCGAAGUGGCAAAAAUACGGAGUCAGCCAUAGUAGAAUUCACAAAAGUGUGUCACAGGCAUAUUUUUGGAUCUUUCCAAGGCGUUUGAUACAGUUAACCACAAGAUUUUAUUAAAUAAAUUAGAAGCAUUAGGAGUAAGAGGGAUAGCUAAUGACUGGUUUCGAUCAUACCUAACAGAUAGGAUAGAGAUAACACAUACUUCAGAAAGAUCUAAACAUUUAGUAAAACACUUAACAGUAUCAAAAUACAUUAAUGUAGGGGUUCUGCAAGGUAGCAUAUUAGGACCAAUACUGUUCCUGGUAUACAUCAAUGACUUUCCCAGUAGUGUUAUUCACGGUGAAAAAAUUCUCUUUCCUGAUGACAGCAAUAGUAUAGUCACUAAGAAAACUAGAACUCCUUGCCGAGAAAGAAAAUGAAACUCUCAAGGAAGUUUAUGAUUGGUCAAUAAGUAAUGAAGUGACAUUGAACAUAAAGAAAACUAAUGCCAUGAAUUCCAAUUUGAAGAGGAAAAAUGGCAAUGUUAAAUUAAAUGUAGAUGACACCUCUAUAGACUGUGUAACAAAUGCAAAAUUUCUAGGAAUGAAUAUUGAUUCUCAAUUGAGCAAUUGAGAUGAUGUGAACACACAAAGGUAUUUGCAAACAGAAGGUCAUCAGCAUGUUAUGCCCUUAGAAUUCUAUCAUCAGUGUGUAACAUGUAGUGUCUUUUAGUUACAUAUUAUUCAUAUGUACACUCAAUUCUUAGCUAUGAGAUUCUUUUUUGGGGAACAAAUGCACAAAAUAUGAAGACAGUUUUCAAACUUAAGAAACUUCAGAAAAGAGCCAUAAGAAUUAUUACCAAAAAUACUAGUCAAGCUCAUUGUAGAGAUCUAUUCAGAACAUUGGGGAUUUUAACUGCUCCAUGUGAAUUGGUAAUUACUGCACAAACAGCUCUGGCCAUGACUGUGGAACAAGAGAGAGACUCAACUUACAUUUACCAAGAAAAAAUAAACAUAAAACUCAAAAUAGCACUUUCUACCAAGGAAUAAAACUGUACAAUAAAUUACCAAAAGAGAUUAAAGAAAUUUCAAAAAUACACUUAUUUAAAAAGGCAGUUAGGAAGUACCUGUUAUGCAAUACAUUUUAUACAUUGAAGGAUUACUUAGCUAAAACAGAGUAGGGGUUUGAUAAAAAAUGUUUUACAAAUAAAUAAUAAUAAUAAUGAUUAUUAUAAAAUAUCCAACAUUCCACAUAACACCUUCCCUUUCGUUUUUUCCUUCAUUUUUCCUUUCUAAAAAUACUUAACCCCAAAUUAUGCAUAGCACAAUACUAACACCUCUUCCUCUUUCUGAGCUCAACAUCUUACACAUUAUGGAGGGAUGCUGACUCAGCUUUUCAGGAUAACAAAUGGGAAGCUGCAGUACAGAAAAUGGUCCAGAGAUCACCUGUGUGUGUGUGUGUGUGUGUGUGUGUGUGUGUGUGUGUG